AUGGAUGUCACGGAAAAACCACGCUCCUCUAAAUCAUGUCGCCUUCGCGAUUUUCUUCCCUCGAUCAGGCCUUCGUUUCUUUCGUUGAUCUUGUUUUGUACCUGUGGCUAUCUCUGGCUGAGAAAUGAAACGCUGAAUGAUCGCAUGAUAGCGCUGGAAAAUCGCUUGAACAAGUUCCUCAGAGAGGAUCGCGUUGUGACUGAUGUCUUGCCACAAGAGGUCGUAGGAAGUACACCGUCAAAGCCAACUGCCACCAAACUGCCCGAUUAUAAAACAGGUAAGAAUCGUCUUCACUGUGCUUAUGUUGUGACUAUAAGCUUUUUGUACAUAGUUCAGCUUCAUGCUGGCAAGAAACGGAGAGCCGCGCAAUGGAAACUGUGUUGUGGAAUUUUGCUUGAAUCAUUAAAACGGGGAAAGCGGAAAUCUUUGCAAUGGGCAAUCUUUAAAGCGGAGAAUCUUAAAAGAAUCCGCACUGGACGCGAUUCAAAAUGAACAGAAAUACACCAAAGCCCGCCUAAGCACGCUUUUGAGGGUUUGGGGGUGGGGCGGGAGGGGACUAUGGAGCGCGUUCAUUCUCGUUGCAUUCUCCUUUUGGACCGCGCUGAAAUUCAGACAUGAACGUUGCUUAUUAUUUGCGCCGUAUUGGUCGAAAUCAUGACGUUUUUCUUCUUCUUGUGGUCAAUGUAUCCCCCGCGGUUUUUUAAUUUACUUACGUGCGCUCCCUGCAUGCGCUGGACGUUCUCUAGAGAGAAAACAGAAGGUCUGUGAACAGGAAAUUAGGACAAAGAAAGAUACCUAUUCUGAGUUGUUGAAAGUAUUGCAAAACACAAGACAAUAUCUUACUAAAUAACGAGGCAGCGGCGUCAAGUUCAACUGCUGUACAAUUUUUUCGUUUCAGCUUUGUCUGCAGGAUUUUUUUUUCUGAAAUCCCCCGCCCCUUAUCCUUGACGUCAAAGGUUAACAAUGAGUGACGAGAAGUUUCUCGCCUGUCCCCAGGAAUCGAAUGAGACGCCGAUGACCGGAAACGGAAAAUUAAUAUCGACUUCUUUAAAAUAAUUGAGAGAGAAAUUAAAAAUAGACUUAGGUAGUUCGACAUAUAAAAAAUAAUUGAGAAGUCAGAUGUGUACCUGUGUCAAACCAGCUACACACAUCUACAAGGAAGUUCACCUUGCGGAGAAUAAAGGACAAUUUGCAUUAGGGAUUGCGAUGAUCGGGGGAAAUCCGGGGGGGACGCGUUCAAAGGAAGUACUGGCGGGUAGAGGUUUGCCGCCAAGUCCUUUCAAACCCUGACGAAAAUUCUUCAUUUCGCUACCGUGUUUAAGACAACUUUGUGAAGAAAAUUAUUUAUGACUUUGAUUCGUUUCGUUUUGCACACAGAAUUGAGUAAUUCCUCAAACUAAAUAUAAUAGAAUAAAAUUUUUUGGUCAAAACAAAAAAAAAGGAAAAAAAAAAGAAACGACAAAAAAAAACAAUAUUAAUGAGGACCGCUCAUAGCCAACUUUCACACUCUUUUGAAGGUUCCCAAUCCAAAAAGACAACCUGUUCAAAACGCUUUUAAAAUAGCUCCUAGCAAUCGGAUUACGUUUAAGACUCAAGAGCCUGGAAACCAUUUCCUCUCUGCUGUGCGAUCGUUUCCCGUGUUUUCGAAUAACCUUUUUGUAAACGUUUCAACGCUUGUCAUGCAGAUAUGUUUUAAGCUUUGCUGUCUAGGAUAAGUGCACGCUCAAGGAUAUAGGAUGGCGCUAGUUGAAUCCUCAUGUGUAAACGUUCUUCGUCUAACAAAAUUAUUUGAGCGCGCAAAACGUAUCUGCGAAUACUAUACCCUCUCCAAAAAAGGAAAAUAUAUCUCUACCUACGGACUCACAUGCAUUUUUCUUUUAGUCAGGAAUGUUUCUACAGCGAUGCCGGCAACUGACAGGAAAAGGUAUCGCAGGGAUGUCCCGGAACCGGACGAAAUUCCUGAAACACCCGACCUCUUCCCGGACAUUCCAGAUUUCAACUUUACCAAUAUGCAAAAUGCAACUCCGCCUUUAGAAAUCCCAAACCCAGAUUUCAAUUUUAGCGUGGAUAGCAUAUUGGAAGAAAUGAACAAGUACUUUGAAAAACUGCAGAUCAUGACUCUUCAGUACUGCAACUCAACUGCAACAAGCUGCCCUGCAGGUCCCCCUGGACCUCCCGGACCGGUAGGCCCCCGUGGUAAAAGGGGAAAAAAGGGAAGGCCGGGUGACCGGGGACCUCGUGGAUUUGAUGGCUCUGAUGGAGCACUAGGAAUGACCGGACCGAUGGGAAUUCCAGGACUUCCAGGACUGACUGGCCUAGUGGGAUCACCCGGACCAAUGGGACCUGUAGGACCAGAAGGACCGAUUGGCCCCGUGGGAUCACCCGGACCGAUGGGCCCUCCAGGACUAGAUGGAUCGAUUGGCCUUUUGGGACCACCCGGACCGAUGGGCCCUUCAGGACCCCCGGGGGCACCCGGACGUCCCGGAAAAGCAACAAGUGACAAGCAUGUGGUAGUUUCGCCUUCAAAACAGACAGCAAAUAUGGAAACAAGUGCGACAUUUUACUGCACGAUUGAUGGAGAGCAUACCUCUGGAACACAAUGGAAAUUCAAUGGCCAAAAUCUUACCUCAGGAGAAAAGUAUUCGAUCAGUGACAAUGGCAUUCUGAUCAUAAAGCGGUUAAACUACAAGGAUGCUGGACAGUACACCUGUGUUGGCAAAGAUGUUUUUGGAAGGCCUGAAUCUAGUGGCAUCCUUACUGUCCAAGGUAUGAGUAUUAUGGUCUUAAAUUCCCAAAAGUGAGCUCUGUCCCCGAGUUGUUUUUUUGUUGCCUAGACAUAUUCUUUGACGAAGCUGUAAAUUUGCCAUUCCAGGCGCUCAUGAUGAUGGGCUCCUGGCCAUUCACAAGAUCAUUUCUCAAGUUCCACAAAAAAAGGACGCCAAAGUGACAUUUUAACAAAACGAACCAGUCAAUCGUCAUACAGCCCCUUCCAAUUUUCAUGUCGCAGAAAGAGUUGCGUAUCACAGCUCUUUUUAUAUUUAAUUCCAAGCUUAUGACGUUGAAAAAGUGGAGGCUUUGGUACAAAGUACCAAGGACCAGCUUCUCCAAAUUUUCACUAAAUUUCGAUCCCGAAAGCAAAUUUUAAAAUCCAUACCAGUUUAAAAUGAUCUACUUAAGAACAGUGGCCGAAGCCCGUUCAAGCUAACAAACCAGGCCAUUUUUCACUUAUAGUUUUAGUAUAUUACUCUCAAAACUAUUAAAACUCCUUUUUUGAAUGUUAACGUGCAAGAAAAAAGACAGAUUUUCGGGCCGGGUGUUUCUGAGACCUCCGAGUGUCCGGUCCCUGGUUAUGACAGGAAUAUUACUGAGUCAUUCCAACACCUCAAAACCAUAGGCUCGAUUCUCCUCGCUCUCUCGGGUCCGAUCUCGAUCCUCCCUGAGAGGAGUCUUUUUUUUGGGAGGGGGGGGGGGGGGGGGGGAAGGGCCUUGGCUUAUGUCCUCAGCGGCGGCUGGUAAUCGAGCUUAUACUACAAAAUCGGUGCGGCCAUUGGUACUAGAUGGUAAGCUUAAAAGAUUUCUAAACAACGGAACUGAGAUUUCUUUCAAACCAAGUUUUGAAAUUUUCAUUUCUCCCCNCAGUUGGAAAGACUAAAGUAAAAGAGGGUACACUUAUCAUUAGCGACCUGAAUGUCACUACAGACGGUGGAUUGUACGAAUGUGCUGCAACGAACUCAUUCGGAGCAACGAAAGCCCGGAUAAAAGUUGAUGUGCAGCGACCUCAGCUUCCAGCAGGUUUGUAUAUCGUAUAGUUUGGCAGAUUUUACUGCUCUCGUUCCCAGUCUCUCCUGAAGCUCUGUUUUGUUUUUUGUUUUUUGUUUUUUUGCUCUAGAAGUUUACCGGCUUAGCUUUCCCCUGAAGUAGUUUAUAGGUACGCCACCGAAUUGACUGAAAACAAAGAAUUCAAAAUAAUAAAACAUAAUAGGAUUAGAAGUAAGUAACUGGAGGCUGCCUCAAGUAAAAAAAUUAAUGCUAGAGGAAUUGGGCCUGAUCCUGUGACCCCGGGGGAGCACACAAGGGAAGUUUGGGUAAUGUUUAUUUCGCUAUUGUUUUUAAGUCAAGCGACCUUAUUUUUCAGUCCUAAUUCGUUUCAUUUUGCAGAUCGAAAGAAUCAAGUAAUUUUUUUAAUUUAAAAUUAUAGGGUUUAGCACUUUUGGACAUCACAAAUGCAGACUGCUCAUCCAAAAAUAAACCGCCCUGUUCAAGACACUUUAUAGUAAAAUCGUUUACCGUCUUUAUAAGAACCAAGACCCUGAAAAACCACAUGCACCUAGCUUGUUCAAGCGGUACAUACUCGUAUUGGCCAAAUAAGGGAGUGCUUCCCUAGCCCUCGGGCCUGUGACCAAACCAAUUGCAAAGAUACUGUGAAUAACCCCAUGAGUAGCCUGGGUGACAGGCGCAAAAAGGGGAAGGGGAGUAGGAAGCGAGAAAACCGCGAAAGAGGGGGAAAAGGGAAGGGAGCUUUACCCUUUCUCCCCAAGCCCCCAUCUUUUUCCCUUCCUCCCUAUCCCCUACCCCUUUCGACGCCUGCGCGUACGCAGGCUACCCCAUAAUGAGACUGUUUUCUGGUUCUUCUUUUUCUUGCAGAAAAGUGUAACUGCUGGCGUGGUUCAAAGGGAGGGUUCACGGCUUUUUCUUGGGGGUAUGACGGACCCAACGGGAGGGACACCGAUGUUUUUGAUUUCCAGUCUGAUGGAGACUUUAUACUUCAUGGUUUCCGGAUGAGGGGUGUAUUUGUGAGAUACAACCCUACUACAGACGUGAGCAUUCGUCUACAGUAG